CAAACGAAAACCAAGGCAAACUUGUGACGGACUGCUUGUGACAGCAGGGCUUAACUAGUGUUACUGCCGACAUACAGGAUGUCGGAGGACAAACGACGUGGGGAAGAUGCAGAGGAUGGCGGGCCAGGUCUUGUCUACAUGCCAUUUGUCAUCAUGGAAGAGUUUCUAGACAAGCUGAGGCUGCUAAAUUAUGAAAGUGAAUUUUCCCGUACACUUAAUAUGAAACCAAUAUCAAGACAUUACUUUGCGAUACCAACAAACCCAGGAGAACAGUUCUUCAUGUUUACAUCACUGUCAGCUUGGUUGCUGAGAAAAGCUGGCAAGAAUUUUGAACAACCACAGGAAUAUGACGAUCCCAAUGCCACGAUAUCCAGUAUUUUGGAAGAAGUAAGAAAACUUGGACAUCAGAUAGACUUCCCUCCUUCUAAGUUAAAACAGGGAUGUGGAGAACAUGCCAUAUAUGUACUGACACGACUAGCAGAUGAGGCCCUCAAAUCUACAAAUUUCACCUGGGAAAGACCAGAAUACCCUACUGAAGAGACAGAGGAAGAAACCGUGAUAGAAGAUGAUGCUGAGCUGACACUUGGGGAAGUGGAGAAAAACUUUUUUCAGCAACAUGGUGAUGAUGAAGAUGAAUUUGAGGAGGAAGAACAGAUCAUGGAUUUAGAAGGACUGAAACGCCUCGGCCAGAGUAAGCAAACAAAUGAGACUACCAAACCAGACGAUAUUCUUGAGUCAACAACAGAUGCUGCUGACUGGAAACUCGAGGUUGAGCGUGUACAACCACAACUUAAGGUCACAAUACGUACAGACAAUAAGGAUUGGCGAGUGCACGUAGAACAGAUGCAUCAACACAAAGAGGGUAUAGAAUCUUCACUGACAGAGACAAAGUCCUACCUAGACAAACUCCAUGAUGAAAUCACACGCACCAUGGAAAAAAUCGGUAGCCGUGAAAAGUACAUCAAUAAUCAGCUGGAGCAUUUGCUGGCUCAGUUUAGGGCAGAACAGGAACAAUUAUCCGAGACAAAGGAGCGGUAUAGACAAGCUAGUGGGGGUGUCACAGAGAGAUCGAGAAUGUUAGCAGAGGUGUCUGAGGAGCUUGAACAGAUCAAACAGGAUAUGGAGGAGAGGGGCAGUAGUAUGACAGAUGGAGCUCCCCUGGUGAAGAUCAAACAGGCCAUACAGCAGCUGAAGAAAGAGAAUAUGCAAAUGGAGAUCAGGAUAGGUGUAGUGGAGCAUGUUUUAUUACAGGCCAAACUAAAGGACAAGACAUCACAAAACAAACAAGUCCACAGCAACGCCACAGCCAAUCAGGAUAAGUUUGACUACAGUGCUUACUAGCCAAUCAGAACACUUGUUACAUCAGACGUCACAGAUUUCUAGUAGAGCAGUUUUAAUGCAGCCAGAUUGAAGAUGGUUUCACAACCCAUUACAAAAAUAUCAGGAAUACCAAAAAGUGUACAGCAGCUUUUGUUUUGAUGAAAAUGCAUUUGAAAUCUAACCAAUCCAAGCUUGUGUUGUGUUUAUCUGGGUACAUGUCAGCCAAUCAGAACAUGCAUAUCAAUGACAUAGUCUAAAAAUAUAUCUUUUGAAAAUUCAUUCUUCUGUAAUAACAUACACUAUGAUACAAAAUAUUUUUAUUUCGUUCAUAAAAACAUAUAAAUUGUGAAAUUUAAAAUUAACGAAACUUUACUGUACAUAGGUAACCUUCAGUAGCAGCUCUGAUCUGACUGUCCUAGGAGAAGCAGUAGUGUUGUUUAGUAUGGGUGAUACUGAUGUGUUUUGUGAGAGAGUAUGAUUGGUGUGAGAAUGUGUAGACAAUAUUAAGUGUAUUGAUUCCUCAGGAAUCCUGUGAUAAUAAUAUGGUCUUUACAUGUAAGUCCGUCCAACAUUCCGAUACUACAUUGUUAUAUCAGCAUUUUGUAUUGUUAAUGUAUAUUUGAUAUCUUAAAUGAGAUAAAAACAUAUUUUUUUCUGAAUAAAGUGUAGAGAUCAGAUCAGUGUAUAGGUAAACUAUAAGUAAUUUUUUUACCUACAGUACAUUGGUAUGUGCUAUUUUGACAUAACCUACCACUAAACUGUGUUAUUGCAGAAUGAUCUACUAGGAGAAAUAUGAUCCUGAUAGAAUAUGAUGUAUUGUUGUAUUUUGACGUGAAUCUCCUUCUGAAAAGAACCCAGCUCUAGAUUAUGUAUAAUAUGAUUUAAAAAGAAGACUUUUUAAUUAAUAAUUCAAUUGAUAACUAAUUGCGAAUGCCAUGAAAUAGUAUGUACACCUGAUAGAGAAUAGAAAAUAGAUGCAUGCAAACUCAGACAAUUUUCUCAAAUUACUGUUUUAUUGUGAAGUGUAGCAUACACCCUUAAAUCUUACAUUUGUGCUGAAUUUUCUCUUCAUACUUUAUUUAUUGAUGACAUUCAUAAAUGAGAAAUUUUUGUUUUUUUCUUUUACACUUUGAAAUGUCUAUUUUAUCUUGUCAAAUGAUCUGUUUGGAUCUUUCAAUAAAUGAAGGAUGGAACUUGUG